AUGGAUGGAGAAGCUGAAAGCGCUGAGCAGGCGCAGAUUCAAGAACCUAAAGAGAUCAUCGAAAGACCAAAAUGGGACAAUAAAGUUCAAUAUUUGCUAACCUGCAUAGGUUUUGCUGUGGGACUUGGUAAUGUGUGGAGAUUUCCAUAUUUGUGUCAAGUCUAUGGAGGAGGGGCGUUCCUGAUUCCUUAUUUGAUCGCCUUGGUAUUGGAGGGGCUUCCUCUGCUGUACAUGGAACUGGCCAUCGGACAACGGCUCCGCAUGGGAAGUGUUGGCGUGUGGCGUUCGAUCUCCCCAUAUAUGGGAGGUUUAGGUGUGGCUUCCAUGAUCGUGUCCUUCUUAGUUUGUCUGUUCUACAACAUGAUCUUGGCCUGGAUCCUCUGGUACUUCUUCAACUCCUUUCAAAAUCCACUUCCCUGGAGGGACUGCCCAGUAAACGUAAAUCGUACUGGCUAUGUAAGUGAGUGUGAAAAGAGCUCACCGGUGAACUAUUUUUGGUAUCGUGAAACACUGAACAUAACGGCAAACAUCGAGACCAGCGGUUCUGUUCAGUGGUGGCUCGUGCUCUGUCUUGCAUCUGCUUGGUGCCUUGUGUACAUCUGCUUCAUACGUGGAAUUGAGACUAUUGGAAAGGCCAUUUAUGUCACAGCCACCUUCCCGUACCUUGUUCUGACCAUCUUCCUGUUCAGAGCCUUGACUCUGUCUGGGGCCGUUGAUGGCUUAAGAUAUCUUUUCAUGCCAAAUUGGGAAACCCUGAAAAACCCUAAUGUCUGGUUGGAUGCUGCUACUCAGAUCUUUUUCUCUUUGUCUUUGGCCUUUGGGGGAAUGAUUGCUUUUUCCAGUUACAAUGCUCAAAAGAAUAAUUGCGAGAGAGAUGCUUUAAUUGUUGGAUGCGUGAACAGUUUCACAUCAAUAUAUGCAUCAAUUCCUAUUUUUGCCAUUAUUGGAUUUAAAGCAAAUGAAAACUACAAUGACUGCAGAAAUUGGAACAUACUAACACUGACAAAUGCAUUUAGCAUUGGGGAUGAAAACAUAACUCUUCAAAACUACAAUGACUGGUUAAAUCAUCUCAACAAGACUGAUCCCUCAGAGGUCGAAAGCCUCGAUCUGAAGACGUGUGAUCUACAGACCUUCCUGGAUCAGAGUGCCUCUGGAACUGGUCUGGCCUUCAUUGUGUUUACCGAGGCGGUGAUACAUAUGCCCGGCUCUCAGGUGUGGGCGGUGCUCUUCUUUGUCAUGCUCUUCAGCCUGGGCCUGUCCUCCAUGUUUGGAAAUCUAGAGGGAGUCCUUACUCCUCUGCUGGACCUGCACAUUAUUCCACCCUGGAUUCCAAAGGAAAUGUUCACAGGGUUAAUGUGCCUGACCGCCUUUGGUGUGUCCCUCAUCUUUACUUUGGGCUCUGGAAACUACUGGCUGGAGAUUUUCAACAACUACGUGGGAUCCGUGCCUCUGCUCAUCAUAGCCUUCUUUGAAAUCAUCAGUGUGGUAUACAUCUAUGGAGUGAACAGGUUUAAUGAUGACAUUGAAUGGAUGUCAGGUCGGAGACCGAACCUUUACUGGCAAGUCACUUGGCGCUUCAUCAGCCCUUUCAUGCUACUGGUGGUUUUUGUGGCAUACGUCGUAGUUGAGGCAGAAAAACGACCAACAUAUGAUGUCUGGAACCCAGAUUACGCGCUCUUCCCCCUUGCUGAUGUUCAGUCCUAUCCUGAUUGGGUUUAUGCUAUCUGCAUUCUUAUAUCGCUCCUUCCUGUCGUCUCCAUUCCUCUUGUGGCUCUCUACAAAUUCACGGGCUUCCUGAAGAAGUACAUCACGAACAGGCACGACCAAAACCCAUAUGCAAGUGAACUGUGA